AUGACGAACACUGAAACAGACAGGAGGUCCCAGCACACGUGCAGAUGUGCCUACGACCACACCAACAUCUGGAUCUGGAUCUGCAUCAUCCACACCCACGCCAACAUCUGGAUCUGGAUCUGCAUCUGCAUCAUCCACACCAAGACCAACAUCUGGAUCUGGAUCUGGAUCAUCCACACCAAGACCAACAUCUGGAUCUGGAUCUGGAUCUGCAUCAUCCACACCCACACCAACAUCUGGAUCUGGAUCUGGAUCUGCAUCUGCAUCAUCCACACCCACGCCAACAUCUGGAUCUGGAUCUGGAUCUGCAUCUGCAUCAUCCACACCAAGACCAACAUCUGGAUCUGGAUCUGGAUCUGCAUCAUCCACACCAACAUCUGGAUCUGGAUCUGGAUCUGGAUCUGCAUCUGCAUCUGCAUCAUCCACAACCACACCAACACCAACACCUGGAUCUGGAUCUGCAUCAUCCACACCCACACCAACAUCUGGAUCUGGAUCUGGAUCUGCAUCUGCAUCAUCCACACCCACGCCAACAUCUGGAUCUGGAUCUGGAUCUGCAUCUGCAUCAUCCACACCAAGACCAACAUCUGGAUCUGGAUCUGGAUCUGCAUCAUCCACACCAACAUCUGGAUCUGGAUCUGGAUCUGGAUCUGCAUCUGCAUCUGCAUCAUCCACAACCACACCAACACCAACACCUGGAUCUGGAUCUGCAUCAUCCACACCCACACCAACAUCUGGAUCUGGAUCUGGAUCUGCAUCAUCCACACCCACACCAACAUCUGGAUCUGGAUCUGCAUCUGCAUCAUCCACACCCACACCAACAUCUGGAUCUGCGUCUGCACUUCAGCUACUCCUGUGAUUCGACUGUGUCCUAAACCCUCUAAACCUCUCUGUUCCCCAGACACGCUUCUGAUGGUGCGCUCCGUGGACCUCCUGAAGUCCAGAGACGGGCCGAACCGACGCGAGCAUCACACGGACUCUUACCUCAGCGACAACCUGAUCGUCCGCAGAGGACAGACCUUCCAGAUGUGGAUCGAGCUCUCCAGACCCUUCACCAGCGGAUCCGACAACCUGCAACUGCAGCUGAGCUCCGCCGCCGCGACUGGGGUCCGCAUCUCCGUCCCGCUGGUGGACGAGCUGGGAGACAGCGGCUGGGAGAUGAAGAUCGUGGAGCAGAAGGACCGGCGUGUCCGUGUGUCGGUGAACACGAUGGCGAGCGCCUCCAUCGGCCGCUACAUGAUCACGGUGGUGUCCUUCUCUCCGAGGGGGAAGCUGCUGUUCCCCUGCGCCCCGAACGACCUGUUCCUGCUCUUCAACCCCUGGUGUGAAGAUGACCCUGUGUAUUUGGAUAACGAGGCGGAAAGAAAAGAGUAUGUUCUCAACAGCAUGGGCAGAAUUUAUUACGGAACCGAGCAGCAGAUUGGAGCCAGAACAUGGAAUUAUGCCCAGUUUGAGCAGGACGUCCUGGAAGCGUGUCUGUUCCUGCUGGAGAGGGGUCGGGUCGCUAUGACCGAAUGGAGAGACCCGGUGAUCGUGUCCCGGAUGAUUUCUGCUCUGGUGAACUCUAAUGAUGACCGAGGAGUGCUGAUGGGUAAUUGGACGGACAGCUAUGAAGGCGGGACGACUCCCACCGCCUGGAUCGGGAGCGGAGACAUUCUCAAACAGUUUUACAAGAGUGCAGGAAAGCCCGUGAAGUUCGCCCAGUGCUGGGUCUACGCCGGGGUCACGGCCUCUGUGUUGAGAUGUCUCGGUAUUCCGACUCGGUGUGUGACCAACUUCAGCUCCGCCCACGACACGGAUCUCUCCUUGACCACUGACAUUUACAUUGAUGACAAUAUGGAAUUAAUUAAAGACAAGACCAACGAUUCUGUCUGGAACUUCCACGUGUGGAACGAGUCGUGGAUGACCCGCCCGGACCUGCCGGUGGGUUACGGUGGAUGGCAGGUGGUGGACGCGACCCCUCAGGAGCCCAGCCAGGGUUCGUACCGCUGCGGUCCCACGCCCGUCUCCGCCGUCCGCAACGGACAAGUCGACCUGAAAUUCGACACGCCGUUCGUCUUUGCCGAGGUGAACAGUGAUAGGAUCUACUGGCAGAAGAAACCUGAUGGCAGUUUCAGUCAGGUCAACGUGGAGAAGAACACAAUCGGCCAGCGCAUCAGUACCAAAGCUGUGGGAUCGGAGGAGCGCAUGGACAUCACACACCUCUACAAAUACCCAGAGGGUUCGGAGGAGGAACGCAUUGCUGUGGAAACAGCCAGUCGCUUCGGCUCCAAGCCGACUCUGUACCCAUCAGCCACCGAAAACGACGUGAGCAUUGAGAUAGUCAUGGACGGGGAAGGACCUCGUAUUGGUGGAGACGCCAAACUCUCCAUCGUCCUGAAGAACAAGAGCUCAAAGCAGCGCACGGCCAGUCUGCUGUCUGAGGUGCUGGUCAUGUACUACACUGGAGUGCUGAAAGCCACCGUGAAGAAGGAGCGGAUUCCUGUCAACCUCAAACCGCUAGAGACCAAGACUAUUCCCUGGACUCUGCUGUAUAAGGAGUACAUGAAUCAUCUGGUGGAUCAGGGCGCUCUGAUGCUCACGGUCACCGGACGGGUCAAUCAAACCAAACAGAUUCUGGCCACACAGUUCAACUUCAGACUGCGCACUCCAGACCUCAUUAUCACUCCUCUAGGGGACGCUGUGGUGGGUAAAGAGUUGACGGUCAAGAUCACGUUCCAGAACCCGCUGCCGCUAGUGUUGAAGAACGUUAUGUUCCAUAUAAAGGGAUUGGGAAUGCAGAGCGCCAGAAAGAUCCCGAAUGGUGAUGUGGAGAAGCUUGCGAAGGUUACACUGAUGGAGAAGUUUGUUCCCACCGCCUCCGGCUCUCAGAAGCUCCUGGCAUCGAUGGACUGCCAUCAGCUCACUCAGGUGCACGGAUUCGCUGAUAUUGUGGUCAAAGCAAAGUGAAAAACACUGUCAUUGUAAAGCCUUCUAAUGCUCUCGCUUCUCUUGAAGAAUGUACUAGAUUUAAGGGUCAUCUACAUUGUAUAAUAAUUCAGUAUUUUCAUUCUCAAUUCAUGUAAUUCAACAAUAAAGAUCCUCCAUGUUUAAAUUAUA